AUGCAACCAAUGUCAUCGGGAAUCAUGCGUCCAUUGUCAUCAGGAAUCAUGCAACCAGUGUCAUCAGGAAUCAUGCGUCCAGUGCCAUCAGGAAUCGUGCAGCCAAUGUCAUCAGGAAUCAUGCGUCCAGUGUCAUCGGGAAUCGUGCAACCAAUGUCACCAGGAAUCAUGCGUCCGGUGUCAUCGGGAAUCGUGCAACCAAUGUCAUCGGGAAUUAUACGUCCACUAUCGUUGGGAACUAUGCAUCCAGCGUCAUCAGGGAUCAUGCAUCCAGUGUCAUCGGUUCCGCUUGCUUUGCUUUUUCCGAAUGGUUCUGUGAGUGCACCUACAACACCAGUUGCCACUGAAUCCAUGCGUAACAUCAAUCGUCAGAUGUCAAAACGACACCAACCCGGCAAACACAAUGGUCUGUCAUGUGCACAAAGCGGUAAUUUGAAGAAUUCAGAACACUGGCUGAAAUUCGAGCCAGUUGCUUCUUCACCAGCUACAGAUACAUCAGUAGCGAGAAAUUCUAAACAUGUAACACCGUCUAUACCAACGCAGGUCUAUGUGCCCGCUUCCAUGGCAGCAACUCCGUGCUUCUCUUCGAGUGCACCAGCAGCCAGUAACAUGAUUCGAUCACAGAUACCUUCAAAAGAUAUAUCAUCAGUUAAAAGUACCUCCCAGAAACGACCAUUUUCUCUUGAUAUGACGCCGAAGAGAAAAACAGAUAGAAGGUUAGCACAACAGUUUCGACGACAACAACAACAGGAUAAUGUCAACUUUGCGGGCGCAAAAUUCAGUGAAUCACCUCAAGCAAAAGUUGUACCGUUGCCACCUUUUAUAUGGUGUGAAGAAGAAGUAUCAUCGUCAUCAUCGUGUUCUGGUGAUGAACAGUCUAUACCAUCGAUUACAGAAGUGGAGAUGGCACAGCAUGGAAAGUUUUAUGAAACAUCGAAACGGAAUAAAUGGAGUCGCAGCUUGCAAAUGACACCGUUGCACUGUAUUGCUGUGUUGCCGAAUUCUUAAUUCGUUGAAAGGAGUGACUGCAAGUUCUCUUUUGAAUUUACUGCGGGUAUUUCAGGCAUGUAAAUGGUGCAAGUUUAGCACGCAG